UCCAUCCGCAAAAAUAACAAGUAAGAAAAAUCCGAGCCUUAUUACAUCAGAGAGCAAAAGCAAGACUUGUUGACUUAGGGUUUGAGCCCCUGCGUAAGGAGUACUAGAGAGGUAAACGAAAGAGAGACUUUACGACUUUUCCAUUCAUUUCUCUUCUCACCAAUUUUAUUGCCAUUUCCACUUAUACAUCUCUCUUUUUCUUUUCUUGUAAAAAAAAUAUUCCUUGUUCAUAUCCCAGAUUUUCUUGGUCGGCUUGUUUAGGUCUACACAGAUUUCUGUUCUUUUGAAGCCAAUCUUGUCAAAUUAGUAAAAAGGGUAUUUGUGAGGUUUCUUUAUUUUUUUCAGAUUUUGCAACUUUUUUUCUUCUUCAAGAAGUUUUCACUUUGACUUUUGGGUUACAACUGAUCUACUCUUUAGAUAUCUCCCUCUUGUUUCCAAGAAACCUUUUUUUGGUUUGGGAUUCAGAUCCAAGAAGAUGGUGAGAGGGAAGAUCGAGAUCAAAAGAAUCGAGAACUUGACGAGUAGACAAGUCACGUUCUCCAAGCGUAGGAAAGGUCUCUUCAAGAAGGCCCAUGAGCUUUCUGUUCUAUGCGAUGCUCAAGUCGCCGCCAUUGUCUUUUCUAAGAACGGAAAAUUAUAUGAUUUCGCCAGCUCCAACAUGCAGAAGAUGAUAGAGAGAUGUGAGAUACAAAGGAACGAGUAUACUGGGGCAGAAAAUCUCCAAAAACAGCAAUAUGUGCAAGAGCUCAAGAAUGAAAUGGUUAUAAUGAUGGACAAGAUUGAACUUCUUCAACUUCAUAGCCGGAAGCUGAUGGGACAAGAUCUGGAUUCUUGUUCGGUGGAGGAACUCAACGAGAUAAGUACCAAAAUUGAGAAAAGCCUUACUAAUGUCAGAUCAAGAAAGGCUAAGUUAAAUGAAUAUAAGAUAGAGAAACUAAAAGCAGAGAUUGCCAAAGAGAAAGAGGUCUUCAACGAGGGAAGUGGGCUGCGGCAAAUGUUUGAAGCGCAGUCCUUGUGGAUGCAGUCGAGGAGUAUGAAGAGUGAGAAGAGCGCACCUUCGUGUGGCUGUGGUAACAUGAACAUAUCGGAUGUCGAAACUGACUUGUCCAUCGGAUUGCCUGAAAAUCGAGUGUAACUAUAUAUAUUCAUAUAUCUAUCAACUGGUUCUUGUUUUCGUAUGAUCAGGACAUGUAUAGUUUUAUGUCUGGAUGUCUGAAUCGAUUCUCUCUGUUCAUAAAUCAAGAAUAAGGCAUAUAAGAAUUAUCUGACACUAUAAUUUGU